AUGCGCAUUGACGCCAGCGUGCGUCUUGACGCCGACGUGCGUCCAGAUGCCAGCGCAUGCGCAUUGCGCCCAAAAGGACGCCAGAAGCAGGGAGUCAUUGCGAAGUCUGCAGUGGAAAUGGAGAAUUACACUCAUUCUCCCAACAUCACCAACUUUUCCACUGAGGAAUCUUUCCACUCAGGAACCUUGACGCAAGCAAUGUACAUAACGUGUUUCACCAUAACCUUCAUUUUAGGAACUGUGGGCAACGGACUGGUUAUCUGGAUCACUGGAUUCAAAAUGAAAAAGACAAUGACUACGAUUUGGUUUCUCAACCUGGCCAUUACAGAUUUCUCUUUCUGCCUGAUCCUUCCUCUUUUUAUUACCGAAAAGGCCAUGUGGGCCUGGGAAAACAUAAUAGAUUAUGAGACUUAUAGCGUAAUAAUGAUAGCAUUUGGUAUUACUACAUUUGUGUUGUACUUUCUGAUCCCCUUUUUAUUCAUUACUAUUUGCUAUGGGCUUAUUGCAUUCAAGGUGUUUAAAAGCAAAAGAAUCCCUGGGUCGGCUCGAACCCUAAAAAUGAUUAUUACAACUGCCUUUUGCUUCUUCUUUUGCUGGUUUCUUUUAUAUUUGUUGUGUAUAAUUGAAAUAGCAGGCCCUAACAUAAUGAGGCAUCACCUUGAAAUGACCCUCUAUACACUUGCACAAUGCUUGGCUUUCUUUAACAGUUGUCUUAAUCCAAUCAUCUAUGUCUUCACUGGCCGGGAUUAUAAACAGAUUUUGAAGAAGUCAAUUCCAUUCCUACUGGAAAGUGCGUUCAUAGAGAAAAGAGAGCCUGCACACAUUUAG